AUGUUUGCGUACGAUCGUCUGGCACUCGAUCUCGCCGUCUUCAACUUGAAAGACACUGAUUCGGGCCACUCAUCCUCGAGCGAAAGGUCUUCUCCGCCAACGCGCAUUGUCUCGCAGGUGAGUCUGGAAAUGGAAAACUUGCUGUUUUGGUUGGUUGCUGCAAAUUAGUUGAGCUCUCUUCUGCAUCAAAUGUCUUCUUAGCCCCUAAUAGCCUUUUCUGCUCCCUUCAUCUUCAAAAAGGAAGUUAAUGUUUGGUUGCAGAGGGGAAGAAAUACUGAGUGUUUUCCCUGCCCUCCACCUAAAUAUAGCAUUCCGCCCCCAUCAGGCCCUAUCCAUCACCUGCCUCUUUUCAGGCGCAGAACAUCAAUGAUGAGUCAGGAAGCAGUGGGUAUGGCAGUCCGACACGGACGCCCCUCGCUUCCCCCUCCAACGACAUCUUCAGCUGUAAGAACGCCCAGGAAUUCUCGGGCAUAACUUCCAAAUUAUCCGAUUUCAGCGGUCCUUCCUCUUCAAGUGCAACGUGCGUUUUCUGCAAAGAGCCACGAAGAAAUCACCCGCCACUUCGGAGUGUCUCCGAGUCCGCAGGCUUUGCAGCCAGUCCAGGAAGUCCAACCGACGGCGGCCCAGGCUGCUUUGGCCGCUGCUCAGGCUCUGGCCAUCGAAGACGGAUUCUCGCAGGCGGAAAUUGCUGGUUUCGCAGAGCUCUUGUCUUCUCCAAAGAAGGUUUGCAAUAGCUCACUUCUGCAAUUCAACGACAUCUUUAUCUUUUUCCAGACCCCACCACCACGUUACCAGUGUCACAUUUGCUACGCGACAGGCCACCAUUACAUCUCUGAUUGCCCGCAACGAUUCAAUUCGCCGUACGACGAGCUGACACCGUACCAAGGCAGAAAGAAGUGCUACGGAGAGUUCACGGUAAGAUCCCACUCGAAUAGUGAGUGCUCAUCUGAAUCGGUUUGCAGUGCCAACAGUGCAAACGCAAGUGGAACAGCCAGAACAGUGUUGCGAACGAGCCGCAGAGCUGCAUCAAGUGCCACGUGCCAGUGUUUCCGCACAAACAGGUCAGCCCCAGAUCUUUGAGACAUCACCGAAAACAUUUGGGGGGUAUCAGAUUGUAUAACGUUCAUUCAUUCGUAAUGCCACAUUCUGAUGAAAAGAAAGAAAGUGUCAUGCCAAUCCUUUCAUUCCCUUUCUUUCGUUUUUUCUACCUACUCAAGUUUAACGACUUUGUCAGUUGCCCCUCCGCCCAUUACCCCUAGGGACCUCCAUGUGAAAAACAAAUAUUGAUACCACUAGUAUUGGACUCUUAACUUGAAUAAAACCUGGAAAUGUUUCAGUUGCCAGUGGAGAAGGCCGUCACUCUCGGACUGAUCAAGGCUCAAAACGUGGCCAAAGUGGCCCCGAUCGGGCACGGAAGACCGCCGGCUCGGAAGCACGACGAGCUCUCCCGCCGCCAUUAG